AUGUGGGCCAGGUCGGUGGUGCGCCCUCUGCUGCGGGCGCCCCUGGCGCGCGUCUCUGUGCGCCCUCUUCGACGUUAUGCUUCGAGUGGCCCCCCGACGUGGAACGAUGCGAUACCGCUACCGUGUGUGGACCAGCACGAGCUGCGGGAGCGGCGUGUGAUGGCCGGCAGCGCACGGGCCGAUGCGGCGGCCGACGAGGAGCUCGAGAUGCUGGGGCCGGAGCCGUCGUAUACCAAGGUGGUGUCAGGGUACCGAGUUUUUCGCCACAACCAGGAUCUUCGCCUCGACUAUGGCAAUGUGCUCUCAGGCUUCCAGAUUGCCUACGAGACGUGGGGCGAGCUGAAUGCGGCGCGCGACAAUGUGAUUCUGCUGCAUACUGGCCUGUCGGCGAGCUCGCAUGCAGCAAGCACGCCGGAGAACACGGCCAAGGGCUGGUGGGAGGACUUUAUUGGUCCGGGCAAGGCCCUUGACACGUCCAAGUUCUUUGUCAUUUGCACCAACGUGCUGGGCUCAUGCUAUGGCAGCACAGGGCCGUCGAGUCCGCAUCCCCGCGACCCGACGGGCGCACCAUAUGCGACGCGGUUCCCGAUUCUGAGCAUCUUUGACAUGAUCCGCGCGCAGUUCCUGCUGCUGGACCACCUGGGCAUCGAGCGGCUGUACGCGAGCGUCGGUUCCAGCAUGGGCGGUAUGCAGAGCAUCGCCGCGGCGCAUCUCUUUCCUGAGCGCGUGGCACGCGUCGUGAGCAUUAGCGGGUGUGCGCGCAGCUCGCCGUCUGGUAUUGCGCUGCGAUUCGCGCAGCGCAGUGUGCUCAUGGCCGACGAAAACUGGAACCGAGGCUUCUACUAUGGCGCGGAUCGAGUACCGCCGCACAAGGGCAUGAAGCUCGCUCGACAGAUUGCCACGAUCACCUAUCGCUCGGGCCCCGAGUGGGAGCAGCGGUUUGGCCGCCAGCGGCGCCAUCUGCUGCGGGACGGUGAGUCGCCGUCGCAGCGCGCGCCUGCGUUGUGCCCGGACUUUCUGGUGGAGACGUACCUGGACCACCAGGGCGAGCAGUUCUGCCUCAAGUACGAUGCAAACUCGCUGAUCUACAUCUCCAAGUCGAUGGACCUCUUUGACAUGACCGAUGAUGCACUCGCUGAACUCGCCGAGACGCGGAUGCAGGCGCAUGGCGACGACGGGCACCUGCCGAUUGAGACGGCGCACAACCGUCCCCGCCGGCCGUCGCGGCCGCACAUCACGACGAUCUCGCAUCCUGGCGCGCAUGCAUAUGUGCCAUCGCUGAUGCGGGGACUGAGCCGCCUGCAUGCGGUACCUGUGCUCAUCCUUGGCGUACAGAGCGACAUUCUCUUCCCGGUCGAGCAGCAGCGCGAGAUGGCCGAAUGUCUGCGCAUGAACGGCAACCCGAAUGUGAUGUACUAUGAAAUUGACGCACCGCACGGGCACGACAGCUUCCUGAUCGAUGUGGCGAACGUGGGCGGCGCGCUCAAAGGGUUCCUCAAUUAA